AAUAAUGUUAUGGACAAAGAAGAGUUCUCCUUCGUCUUCUUCGUGCUAAUCCAACACAACAGCCUCCCUCUCGAAACUUUCUCUCACAUCAACUUCCUCUCUCUCGUUCUUCAACUGGCCACCGUGGACGCCGCUAACCGAACUCUGACCACCGUUCCGUCGCUCGACUCACCGUAAGACGACCAGCACGCCGCACCGCAACUUUUCAGGCCGAUUUGAAGCCGACGGCCUUGAACGGUGUCGCUCUGUCCGGACUAACUUUGCUUUUAAGAGGGUGAAGGUAUCUGAGAACAGCAAUGGUUAAAGCAUACUCUCAGGAGUACACUUACAAGCACCCAUGGGAACGGGUCACUUGUGCAUCUUGGCGUAAAUUUGCUGAUCCCGAAAAUAAACGUACAUUGUCCCAUAUUCUUGAAGUUGAUACCUUGAAUAGAAAGGUAGAUGCUGAAUCUGGGAAGCUAUAUACAACUCGUGCUAUCACCAUCCAUGCCCCUGGACCAUGGUUUGUUCGUAAAAUUGUUGGUCAGGAUAUUUGCCAUUGUGUUGAAUCCACGGUCGUAGAUGCUCGGUCACAAUCAAUGCAACUCACCACUCGGAAUAUUAGUCUCCAGAAAUUCAUAGAAGUGGUUGAGAAAAUUAGGUACGAACCUCACCCAGAAAAUCCGAACGGAUGGACUAUUUGUAAACAGGAGACUAGUAUUCGAAUCAAGCCAUUGUCAGCACUGGCAUCGAUGGCCGAAAAAGUGGAGCAACGGUGCGCAGAGAGAUUCGUCCAAAACAGUGCCAAAGGUAGAGAAGUGAUGGAGAGGAUUUGUAAGUAUCUUGAAGCAGAAUCAAGUGGAUUCGCAAUCUAACUUUUACUUCCUCUCCCUAAUCAUGUACCGGUUCAAAGGAUCGAUAAGAACAUGUGCUAUUUCCAGGGACAAGGUGUUUUAUGCCAAAAUAAUUCUCAUGGAGAAAAAGAAAGCAUCAUGUUAGGAUUCUUCCCAAAUUUUGAUAAGAUGAGAUUUAAUUAUAGAGCAUCAUGUACUUUUGGCUAUGGAAUGUUUCCCAGCUUUUAGUUGAUUGCUUGGAAAAUGGCCUUGAUUUUCAUCAUAAGCUCUAAUAAAUAUGCUUACAGAAUAUGUAAUUUCUUUUUUCAGGUGCUCUCUGGCAGCAUCAGCUAUGAUACACUGCUAUUGUUUGUUCCAUCUGUAGGAAAAAAGAAAAGGAAAAGAGUUUCAAAUA